CGCGGGGCUGACGCGCGCGGGGCGGGCGCUGUGGCGCUGUCCCCGCUGUCCCCGCGGGGCCCGGCCGGACAUGGCCCCGCGCGGCCGCCCCGCCGCCGCCGCCAUGCCCCGCAGGGGCGCCCGCAAACGCCUCAAGUUUCGCGCCGACGACGUGUGCUCCGAGCGGGUGACGGUGGCAGAUUAUGCCAACUCAGACCCAGCUGUCGUGAAGUCUGGGCGGGUGAAGAAGGCUGUGGCCAACGCAGUGCAGCAGGAAGUAAAAUCCCUGUGUGGUUUGGAAGCUUCCUGUGUCCCUACUGAGGAAGUUCUCUCCGUGUCAGGAGAGUCCUGUGACAGCAGUGAUGAGAUGGAUACCAAGGAGAGCAUCAAUGGGAGGGCUGCCUCGAGGAAAAAGAAGAGCAAAAGGCACAAAGAAGAUGCCGAAGGGGGAGGAGGAGAGGAAUAUCCCAUCGACAUCUGGCUGCUCCUGGCUUCCUACAUCCGCCCUGAGGACAUCGUCCGGUUCUCUCUGAUCUGCAAGAAAGCCUGGACUGUCACUUGCACUGCUGCCUUUUGGACCAGGCUCUACAGAAGGCACUACAGCCUGGACGCGUACCUGCCCCUGCGCCUGCGCCCCGAGUCCAUGGAGAAGCUGCACUGCCUGCGCGCCUGCGUCAUCCGCUCCCUGUUCCACAUGUAUGAGCCCUUCGCCGCCCGCCUCUCCAGGAACCCCGCCAUCCCAGACAGUACUCCCAGCACUUUAAAGAAUUCCAGAUGUCUGCUUUUCUGGUGCAAAAAGAUUGUAGGGAACAGACAAGAAGCAAUGUGGGAAUUCAACUUCAAGUUCAAAAAGCAGUCUCCCAGAUUUAAGAGCAAGUGUUGCAAAGGUCUCCAGCCCCCAAUCCAGUAUGAGGAAGUGCACACAAACCCUGAUCAGGAUUGCUGCCUGCUGCAGAUCACCACCUUCAACUUCAUCUUCGUGCCAAUCGUCAUGGGCAUGACCUUCACCUUGUUCUCCAUCUCGGUGAGCACGGACAUGCGGCACCACCGCGUGCGCCUGGUGUUCCAGGACGCGCCCGUGCGCAACGGGAAGAAGCCGCGCAUGGAGCAGGGCGUGCAGGUGGUGCUGGACCCUGUGCACAGUGUCAGGCUCCUGGACUGGUGGCACCCACAGUACCCCUUCUCCCCAAAGGCUUAGUGCUCUCCUGAGGCUGCAGGAGCCCACAGGGGACUGAAUCUGGCAGGCUGAAGAGAAUUUCUAGGAACCAGGAAAUCCCAUUUUUAUUUCUGAAAUAAAUUCUGCAGUCUCCUUGCAAGUGGUUGAAGCUGCUGAGCUAGUUUGUAUGUAUAUAACUUCUGGUCAGUAAUGAGCAGAGCUGAGUGUAAAGCAGAAACUAUUUGUAAACACACUUUUAUGUAAAAUUGACAUUUUAUGAUUUGAAAGGAGCUCCCUGGAACUGUUCAUUUAAAAUCCUUUUGGUGCUAAUCAAA